UUACACAGUAGUGAAGAAGAUCUCUGGUGAGUGUGAGACACCCAGCAGCAAUCCUUGUGUCUCAGGUGGACUAAGCAGGACCCACAGCCCCAUCACAGUGCCUCCACCUCACUCACUGAUACAUGAGAGAGACAGUGACCAGAAGAUCCUGGAACUCACCAACAAGAUCAUUCAGCUGCUGACAGGAGAGGAGGGGGAGUAUAUAGAGGAACACAGGGGUCUGUACAAGGACGUGAUGAUGGAGAAUCACCAGCCCCUCACAUCACUGGAUGGACCCAGUAACAGAGAUACCCCAGAGAGAUGUCCCCGUCCUCUGUAUUCCCAGGAUUGUACAGAGGAGAAUCACAGGAUCCCACAGGAGGAUCAGACACAACGUCUGUCUGAUAUUAAAAUAGAAGGUACAGAGGGAGAAGAAGAGACGUAUAUGACUGAUAUAAAGGCAGAAGAUAUAGAGGGAGAAGAAGAGACGUAUGUGACUGAUAUAAAGGCAGAAGAUAUAGAGGGAGAAGAAGAGACAUAUGUGACUGAUAUAAAGGCAGAAGAUAUAGAGGGAGAAGAAGAGACGUAUGUGACUGAUAUAAAGGCAGAAGAUAUAGAGGGAGAAGAAGAGACGUAUGUGACUGAUAUAAAGGCAGAAGAUACAGAGGGAGAAGAAGAGACGUAUGUGACUGAUAUAAAGGCAGAAGAUAUAGAGGGAGAAGAAGAGACGUAUGUGACUGAUAUAAAGGCAGAAGAUACAGAGGGAGAAGAAGAGACGUAUGUGACUGAUAUGAAGGCAGAAGAUAUAGAGGGAGAAGAAGAGACGUAUGUGAGGGGUGAUCAGCAGUGUAAGGAGGAGGAGAUCCCUACAGAUAUCAGCACAGCAAAUGGACACACAAGCAGGAAUAUCACAGAAGGACAUCUAAUGGUAUCCCCGGAUUGUGACAUAAAAGAUAAUGAUAGUAGACCUGAUUCUCCAGGAGAUAACCUCAUUACCCCAAUUAUACAUCCAGCUCUAUCAGCUGAUCCCUCUGAUCCUAGGAAAUGUUAUCCUGAUCACUCUGAUAUUGGUGCAUCUGUUACAGCUCUGACAGUAGAUACAGUGUUUCCAUGUUCUAUAGAUGCCAAAUGUUUUACACAGAAUACAAAGUGUAUUACCCAUCAGCCAGCUAAGGCAGGUGAGAGGCCAUUUCCAUGUUCUGAGUGUGGGAAAUGUUUUACAUACAAAUCAGCUUUUGUUACACAUCAGAGAAGUCACACAGGUGAGAAGCCAUUUCCAUGUUCUGAGUGUGGGAAAUGUUUUACACAAAAAUCAGCUCUUGUUACACAUCAGAGAAGUCACACAGGUGAAAAGCCAUAUUCCUGUUCUGAGUGUAGGAAAUGUUUUCCACGGAAAUCAGAUCUUGUUACACAUCAGAGAAGUCACACAGGUGAGAAGCCAUAUUCCUGUUCUGAGUGUGGGAAAUGUUUUGUAUAUAAAUCAAGUCUUGUUACACAUCAGAGAAGUCACAGAGGUGAGAAGCCAUAUUCCUGUUCUCACUGUGGGAAAUGUUUUGCAUUAAAAUCUUAUCUUGUUACACAUCAGAAAAGUCACACAGAUGAGAAGCCAUAUUCCUGUAUUGAGUGUGGGAAAUGUUUUGCAUUGAAAUCACAUCUUGUUACACAUCAGAGAAGUCACAGAGGUGAGAAGCCAUAUUCCUGUUCUCAGUGUGGGAAAUGUUUUGCAUCAAAAUCAUAUCUAGUUACACAUCAAAAAAGUCACACAGAUGAGAAGCCAUAUUCCUGUAUUGAGUGUGGGAAAUGUUUUGCAUUGAAAUCACAUCUUGUUAAACAUCAUAUAAGUCACACAGGUGAGAAGCCAUAUUCCUGUUCUCAGUGUGGGAAAUGUUUUGCAUCACAAUCAAAUUUUGUUACACAUCAGAAAAGCCACAGAGGUGAGAAGCCGUAUUCCUGUUCUGAGUGUGGGAAAUGCUUUACAUAUAAAUCAUAUCUUGUUACACAUCAUAUAAGUCACACAGGUGAGAUGCCAUUUCCCUGUUCUGAGUGUGGGAAAUGCUUUACAUAUAAAUCACAUCUUGUUACACAUCAGAGAAGUCACACAGGUGAGAAGCCAUAUUCCUGUUCUCAGUGUGGGAAAUGUUUUGCAUCGAAAUCAUAUUUUGUUACACAUCAGAAAAGUCACACAGGUGAGAAGCCAUAUUCCUGUAUUGAGUGUGGGAAAUGCUUUGCAUGUAAAUCACAUCUUGUUACACAUCAGAGAAGUCACACAGGUGAGAAGCCGUAUUCCUGUUCUGAGUGUGGGAAAUGUUUUGCACAGACAUCAGCUUUUGUUAUACAUCAGAGAAGUCACACAGGUGAGAAGCCAUAUACCUGUGCUGAGUGUAGGAAGUGUUUUCCACGGAAAUCAGAUCUUGUUACACAUCAGAGAAGUCACACAGGUGAGAAGCCAUAUUCCUGUUUUGAGUGUGGGAAAUGUUUUACACAGAAAUCAGCUCUUGUUAGACAUCAGAGAAGUCACACAGGUGAGAAGCCGUAUACCUGUCCUGAGUGUGGGAAAUGCUUUACAUAUAAAUCAGCUCUUGUUACACAUCAGAGAAGUCACACAGGUGAGAACCCUUAUUCCUGUUCUGAGUGUGGGAAAUAUUUUGCAUGGAAAUACGAUCUUGUUAAACAUCAGAGAAGUCACACAGGUGAGAAGCCGUAUUCCUGUUCUGAGUGUGGGAAAUGUUUUGCAUGGAAAUCAGAUCUUGUUAAACAUCAGAGAAGUCACACAGGUGAGAAGCCGUAUUCCUGUUCUGAGUGUGGGAAAUGUUUUGCAUGGAAAUCAGUUCUUGUUAAACAUCAGCGAUUUCACAGGUGAGAAUCCAUUUUCAUGCUGUGAGAGAAAUAAAUCCGCUCUUGUUGAACAUAUUAGACAUUACCCAAGUCUGUAACCAUUUAAAUCUUCUGGAGUAUAAUUAUCACUGUUGUGCAAUGUUCCUCAAGGGUCAAUCCUAUCUCCUAUGCUUUAUAAAAUAUACAUGCUACCAUGGGUUAUAUAAUCAGACAUCAUGGUCUGGUCUACCACUGCUAUGUAGAUGACCUGCUUUUUGCUCCAUAUACUGAGAACUUAAUACCAAUCCUAAAUGGUUGUCUAGCUGAGCGCCUGGGGUGGAUGAUGCCAGCCCAGCAUUACAUGGUCCAAGGUACUAGAAGCAGCUUCUGCCUCCUUACUGCCCUGCUGGCUUCUACAGAUGAAGGAUUGUUACCAGCAGUACCAAGAAUCUCCUGUCAUUCAUUUAUGGGUUGAACUUUUAGCUUUGCAGCCCUGACCAUGGAACUCACUGCCUUGCACAGUCCAAGAGGCCUCCACUCUAGAGACCUUCACAAACAGACUGAUGACUGUUACUCACGCUUUUCAUUAAUGUACCUCUAUUUACUUACUAAAUAAUACAUCCCAAAUGCUUAGGUCUUUUUUCUGCUGUUUAUUUUGUAUCGUGUGCUUUGUAUAAAUGUGAAUGUCUAAUACCAGUUUGCACAAUCUGUAUUGCUGCACGACAGUAUGGCGGCCAUUGGAACGUGUUUUCACUUCUAGUUUGCCUAACUUGUUGCAGACACUCAUCUUGAUAAGGAGUGCUGAGUGUUUUCUGAUACAAGAUCCUAUCCAUAUAUACCCUGUACAUUAUCAUGUGCAUUAGAGUCACCCGGGUUCCAUCUGCGGUGGUUUGUUGUAUGUUACAUCUAUAUGGUGCGGAUACUCCCCUGUAUGAUU